AUGUCGCAGCUCCCCAGGUUACUGCUCCUCGCGCUCCUGGCGCCCGCCAGGGGCAUGCUGGUGCUCGAGAAGGUGAAGGUGCUGAUGGACGACAUCAAGGCGAAGUUUCAGGUCGAGUCGCUCGACUUCACUGGUCCGAACAUCGACGUCGUCAUCCCGGUCGGCGCAUCCGACGAGCGCUUCCCUUACAUCGCCUUUGCGCAUGGCUUUGGCGACGACGUGGGAUGGGAUCAGCACGGCGGUGUCGAGGACUACGCAGAUUUCGGACCAGCCCUCGCAUCAUACGGGUUCGUGGCGGACGACUCUGCCGGCGGCGUCGGCGCUUGGGUCGCCUCCUGGUUCUGA